UUGGAAGGUCCCAGGCUCCCAGCACCCUUAGUCGCUCACGCUUCCAUCCCGCUCAUAUUUGGACGCCGCAUUGCGCUCCCCGCGGCCGCCGCGCCGCCUUAAACCCUAAACCAUGGCCUCCCGCGCCGCAUCGGUGGCCACCCUCCUCCUCGCCAUCUCGCUCCUCCUGCCGCUCCGCCUCCUCUCCCACGCCCUCCGCCCGCGCUUCUCCCAUCCGUCCGCUGCGGCGCUGCUCACUGUCGCCGCGCUCGUCUCCGCCAUCUGCGCGGCGCCCGACCCCGGAGCCCUUCCUGGCGUCGCCACCAGCGCCGACGCCGACGCCGACGCCUUGCGUUCGGAAAUUGAGGCGCUCAGGCUAAAGGUCGCGCAGUUGGAAUCUUUGUUGGAGGCGCUGAACAGUAAAUCUACUAUUUUGGAGGAGGAUAACAAACUCAUUGAAGCAAUGGAACGUGACAUCCAGCUUUUAAUGGAUGGACCGGAGAGUACAAAGGAUUCUAAAACAAAAUCAUAUUCUGCUGGCAACAUUAAAUCUAUGGAAGAUGAGGUACAACAACUCCAGCAAGAGGUCAGUAAGAUAAACAAAAAUUCUGACACCAUAGAAUCGUUAGCACAUGAUACUGAGAGAAGGGUGGAAACUCUGAGCUCAGAGGUCAAGAAGAUAGAGGAUAUAAUUGCGGAGCAAUGGAUCCAAAUUCGACAAUUUGAACAAGCAUUUGUAUUAACUAAGAUGAUGGCGUCAAAAGUUCAUGAGAGAAGCAGGCCAUCAGAGAUGGUUUACAAGUGGCCUGGAAAAGAAACAAUUCUUAAGUAUGCCGCAGACAUGAAUCUCAAUGAUAUUUUUCUUAGAGGAGCAUCAUACGCAAGGUCCUGUUUUUCUCAUACAUAUAAAGAGUCCAGUAGUUUUCUACAAGAAAUAAACAGAUACUACCAUGAGGCUUAUCGAUUCCGCAAAGCAAUCCGUCGCCAGUACAUUCCUGAUACUGACAGGCCUGAUGUCUUCUUCUUGGGUGGUUCUGUCUCACGAUCAAGCAUUGCUAUUCCAUAUAACCAAUUCAAGUUUUUUAUUUCAUCAACCCAGAAGUUCCAUCAUAAGGUCCAAGUUUUUCUCCAUGAUGCGCUGCAAUCCAACAGAUACAGCAGAGGUUUAGCGAAUGAGCCUGUUACAUUUAUCUUGGCAUACCUUCUUGUUGUUUCACCGAUGUGGAUGGCUUGGUUCCUUUAUUCAACGCGAUUCGGCUCAAGGAAAUGACAACUUGUCUGAAUAACGAGGCAUGUGCAGUCGUGGGUUCUUUUUUUCUUUUGCGUGAAUGGUAUAGAAGUGUGACCAAGGAAAACAUGUGAAAAAUCUGCAAUCAACAUGGUGUGAAAAUAUAUAUUGUAUAUCGUAUCCGCUAUAGAUCUAUUUAUUAAACUGUUACAUCCAA